AUGUCGUCCAACAACACCUCGGCCAGUGUCUCCAUCGAUAAGUUCGAUGGGGACAACUACUCAACCUGGUGUCGCUACAUGCGCGGCGUGUUUCUGACGAAGUCAGUCUGGUACGUCGUGAACCGCGAAACGUCUCCAACCUUCACCGAUACGCGAGCUUCCGACGAGUACGUCAAGUCGAGCAACAUCGCGUUCGGGUUGAUGUUGCUCCACAUGGACGCCGACUACCACCAUGUGGUCGACAACUGUGAAGAAGCAUGGACAGCGUGGUCGCGGUUGAAGAUGCUCUAUGGUGGGUCGCAGAAGGCGGGACGCAUCUACCUCAAGCGCCAGCUGUUCAGCAUCAAGAUGGCGGAAGGUGCCAACGUCUUGCACCAUUGCAACGAAGUCUUGAACAUCGGCGCCAAGCUCAGCAGCAUCGGUGCCAAGAUGGAAGACGAAGACAUUGCGAUCUGCUUACUGCGCAGUCUGCCCAAUAGUUUCGAGAACGUGGUUCUCAACUUGGAGAUGAGCAAUGCAGAGCUGCGCACGCAAGAUGUGGUCAAGGUACUGACUAACGAGCACAUCAAGCGACAAGGCGAGAAGAUGACGAUGGCAACGACAACGGUGAAGACUGAAGAUGCGACAAAGGCAUUCAGUACCGAGCGCAAGCCCUACCAAUGCACAUACUGCGGCAAGGUGGGGCACACGGCAGAGCGUUGCUGGACGAAGCAAAAGGAUGAAAGUCGAGGAGCCCAACGCGGCGGCAAUGGUCGUCGACGCGGGUCAAACAAUGUCCACUGGCGACAUUAUGAUGAAGGCAACAGCUACGAUCGAGUGGCGUUUGCAGUUUCGUUCGAAUGCGGAGUUUCGACGAACAAGAAUGGACCAGGAAUGUGGGCCAUUGACAGCGGGGCAACACAUCACAUCUGCCACGACAAGUUCAAGUUUGCAAGCUUGGUCGAAGGCAAUGAUGGCGAGAUCCUGGUGGCUGAUGGCAACAAGGCGGCCAUCAAAGGUGUGGGGACCAUCUUGGAAAAGGUGAUUCUGCCAAACGGGGAAGAGCGCGAGAUCGAGAUCAAGAACGCGCUCUAUGUGCCCAGCAUGAGCAAAAAUCUGCUCUCGGUGCCGCAGAUUAACAAGCACGGCAACUUCCAAGUGGUGUUUGACGGGGAUACGAUGUACGUCGCUCGCAAGGAUUCCAAUCAAGUGGUGGCAGCUGCGGAUCUUGUAGACGGACUCUACUGGCUUCGCACGACGCAGCGAUCGGCCAAUGCGACAUCACUCAGAAACGCUGUUGAUCUACAUGCGCGAAUGGGCCAUGCUCCAGUCGACGUGCUUCGCAGGAUGGUGACAAGUCACAUGAUCAUGGACGCUCACAUCCCUUCCAAGCCGAAUGGAUCAAGUGUGUGUCGAGGAUGCCAAGAAGGGAAGAUGGUACAAAAACCAUUCCCGAGCAACCGUGACAAGCGCACCUACAACACCUUCGAGAUGCUCCACUUCGACAUCUGCGGACCCAUGGAAGAAAAAUCUCUGGGUGGCAGCAAGUAUCUGCUGCUGAUCGUGGAUGAAGCCAGCGGAUGCAUGAAGGGUUUUUGUCUGCAUUCCAAGUCAGAGAGCGAAGAGUGCAUCAAGAAGUACAUCACGAUGAUGCAGACGCAGUUCAGCAAGAAGGUCAAGUUUUGUGCGCCACGACGAGCUUGCGAGUUUGCGACGAACUCGCUUCAAGAUUUCUACGAAGUCGAAGGCAUCGAGCAACAAACCACGGUGCCAUACGCACAUCAAGCCAAUGGAACUGCUGAACGCGCGAUUCGAACUAUCGUCACGAUCGGCCGCAGCAUGCUUCACCAUGCCAAGUUGCACAAGUGCUUCUGGGCUGAAGCGGCAAUGACGGCCGUCUAUGUGAAGAACCGUUUGCCGUCACCCAAGAUUCCACACAAGACACCGUUCGAGAUUGUCUACAUUUCUAAGCCAAGUGUCAAGCACAUGCGCGUUUUUGGGUGCCAAGCAUACAUCUUGACCCCGAAGGAGAAACGACUCAAGUGGGAUCCCAAGGCCCGGGCUGGAUUGUUUUUGGGCUACGAAGAAGUGUCCAAGGCGUAUCGAGUUUACGACAUCGAAGCGGGGCAGGUGAUGAUAAGUCGCGAUGUCAACUUCGAUGAGUCGGCCUUUGGACUGUCGAUGCUGAUUUCCGAUGACGAUGUUGAUGGCCUGGACUUCGAAUCGAUCGAUCUUGAUGAUGAAGAACCGCGUCCGAGACACUUCAAACAAACAGGAAAGCGCAAGGCCCAACCCAGUCACGACAAUGACGACGCAAGCAUGCCCCGAGCAGUGCGCCAACGACCCGGAUUGGAAGAGUCAAGUGCGCCGGAUGACCUCUCUUCACGUCGAGCCAACGAAGAUGAAGAAAGGAAGUCGGAGGAACAACAUGACACACCGACUUCCUCCGCGUUUUGGCAUGCGAGUGCAAACGCCGUUGAAGCAGCGGUCGAUUUUUCGGAGCCGUCGACAUUUGAAGAAGCAGUGUCUGGCCCGGACCAAUUACCCAACGGACAAAGCGCCAUCGGCACAAAGUGGGUCUUCAAGAUCAAGUGCAAGGCGGAUGGGUCGAUCGAGAAAUACAAGGCACGACUUGUGGCCAAGGGUUUUCGCCAAAAGUAUGGCAUCGACUACACGGAGACGUUCUCGCCCGUGGUCAAGUAUGUGACGCUGCGAAUGGUCAUCGCCAUUACCAAGCACUUUGGAUGGCCCCUCGACCAGCUCGAUGUGGUGACUGCGUUCCUGUAUGGAGUGAUGAAGGAGAAGGUGUUCUGCGCUGUUCCGGAAGGCGUCAAGAUGGAAGGUGAUUUCGACUGUCUCGAGCUGAUCAAGGCGAUCUACGGUCUCAAGCAAGCCUCGCGUGUUUGGAACGAGACCUUCGACGAGUUCAUACGCUCGAUUGGUUUUCAAGCGUCGGGAUUCGAUCCAUGUCUCUACAUCAUGACUUCGGAAGGCCAUUGUGUUUUUGUGCUGGUCUACGUGGACGAUGUCUUGGUGACUGGAAGCUCGCUCGAGAUGAUUGCGCGCACCAAGAACGACCUCAAGACACGCUUCGAGAUGACGGACAGCGGCAAGUGUGCCUUUGUUCUUGGGAUCGAGUUAUUGGACGGUGAAGAUGGCAGCGUGACUAUGUGUCAGCGCCGUUAUGUCGACGAUGUCCUCAAGCGCUUUGGAAUGGAUGAGUGCAAGGCUGUGGCAAGUCCGGUGGACGUCAGCUCUCGACUGGUUCCGAGCAACUCUGCAAGCAAGGUGGAUGUCCCAUUCCGUGAAGCAGUGGGUGCUUUGAUGCAUCUGACGACUGCAACGCGACCGGACAUCGCCUAUGCUGUAAGCUUUGUGUCACGGUUCAUGGAGAAACCCCAAGAAGAACACUGGGUUGCAGUCAAGCGCAUCUUCCGCUACCUACAAGGCACCAAGAUGCAUGGAAUCUGCUACAAGCCAAGUGCGAAGAUCGACUUUCGUGGCUAUUCAGAUGCAGACUGGGCCGGUGACCUUGCUGAUCGCAAAUCGACGUCCGGCUACGUCUUCAUGCUAUUGGGUGCUCCGGUGAGUUGGGGCAGCAAGAAACAGCCAAGUGUGUCACUGUCUACAAGCGAAGCGGAGUACAUCGCGCUCAGCCUGGCGAUCCAAGAAGGCAAGUGGAUCAAUCGCUUGCUGUGCGAGAUCAUGGCGGCUGCAAACGAAGAAGGACCCGAGCUCGUCAUCCGUGAAGACAACCAGUCGUGCAUCAAGAUGACGAAGAAUCCGGUCAACCACGGCCGCGCUAAACACAUCGACAUCAAGUACCAUCACAUCCGUGAUGAAGUCAAGCGCGGCGAAGUGAAGCUUGAAUACUGCGAGACGACGUUGAUGUUGGCGGACAUCAUUACCAAGGGACUUCACGGACCGCGCCACAAGGACUUGACGGCGGCGCUUGGCAUCCGUGCGUGUUCGGAUUGA